AUGCUCCGAGCUGGAAGGAUGGAGGAGUUUGUAACAGAGGAGGAGGAGCCGUGGUACGACCAGCGGGACCUGGAGCAAGACCUGCAUUUGGCUGCAGAGCUCGGCAAGACUCUGCUGGAACGCAACAAAGAGCUGGAGGACUCCCUCCAGCAGAUGUACAUCAACAAUGAGGAUCAAGUGCACGAGAUAGAGUACCUGUCCAAGCAGCUGGAAAUGCUGCGGGAGAUGAACGAGCAGCAUGCCAAGGUGUACGAGCAGCUGGACGUUACGGCCCGGGAGCUGGAAAUCACUAAUGAGAAGCUGGUUCUGGAGAGCAAGGCUUCGCAGCAGAAGAUAGACAGGUUGACUGGCACCAUGGAGACCCUGCAGAGUCAGGUGGACGGUCUCACGGCCCGGGUGGAAGAGCUGCGGACUCUGGAGGAGCUGAGGGUGCUCAGAGAGAAGAAGGAGCGGCGGAAGACCGUCCACUCGUUCCCGUGCCUCAAGGAGCUCUGCACUGCUCCCAGAUAUGAGGAUGGCUUCCUUCUGGCCAACCCUGGGAGUGUAGACCUGGUGGAGCGGCAGCCUCUCGAUGCGGAAAAUGAUCGCCUCAGAGAGAUCGUAUCGUCCCUGCACUCGGCCAUGGCCUCGGAGAGGUCAAAGCGUGAGAGCGUGGAGAGGGAGUGUGCCGCUGUGCUGCAGGAGUUCGAGCAGCUGGAGCAGCGCCUCCUGGGCGCAGAGGGCUGCAGGCUGCGGGUCCAGGAGCUCGAGGCUGAGCUGCUGGAGAUGCAGCAGCUCAGGAAGUCCAGAGUGUGUCUGAUCGGGGACAUGGAGGACGGCUUGGAGACGCUGCUCAGUAACGGCCCUGAGACGGACAACCUGGAGGAGGAAAUUGGACAGGAAAAGGGAGGAGAAGGAGCUGAUGGAGGAGCUGGGCAGCAAGGGGGGGGCCCGGUGCGGAAGAGCUGCAGCGAUACGGCCUUGAACGCCAUCUCUGCCGUUUCUGGUAGACGCCAAGGUGGUUACCCCCUCCAAGGCAACGGAGCUCGCAAACGGGGCAUGUCCAUCCUGCGGGAGGUGGACGAGCAGUACCACGCUCUGCUGGAGAAGUACGAGGAGCUCCUGGGGAAGUGCAGGCGCCACGAGGAGACCCUGUGCCACGCCGAGGUGCAGACGUCACGGCCCGUCUCCAGAGACCCCUCCAUGAGGGAGUACAGCAUGAUCUCAGCGGAGCCUUCCACAUCUGGGGCCGGGGCGGCCCCGCCCACGCCUCCUCAGACCCCCUCCACCCCAGAGGCGCUGGAGGGGAUCAGCAGGCAGGUGGAGCAGGUGGACAAACGGCUGAGCCAGAACACGCCAGAGUAUAAAGCCCUGUUCAAAGAGAUCUUCUCACGGCUGCAGAAGACCAAGAGGGACAUAAACGCCCCGAAGAGCCGAAAGACUCACAAAUAACCCCCACCCCAUCCGCCCAUGUAGAAACAAGAAGCCCAAACUAAUUUAUAAGGCAUUACCUCACAGUUCAACUGCUGAAGAGUAAGAAUACUUGAUGUAAAACUGCCAAAUGUUAUUUCACUGCACUGGAUGUUUUUUUAGGGGCCAGAGAUGAGAAGGAAGGAAAAUGUGGUUUGGUGACAUUUUUGUUGAGAUGUAGAAGCAAUGAUUGCCUGUUUGUUACAAAUCACGCUGAAAAAGCCAAAUUGUUCCUGAAGCAGAAAUAUUGACAGGCUUUGGAAGCAUUUCCAGCAUGUAUUUGUUUAUAUUACUAAAUGCUAAAAAAAUAAAAUAAAAUCAGAAG